AUGCUUGGAAUGCAAUUCUUCUCCAGAGCAUUGUGUGUCGGAGGCCACGUUAGGUCUUUUUGUUUCUCACAAGUCCGGGGUCCGGUAAAAUUACGCUCAUUUGGCACAAACCUGGCAAAGAGAAAUUCUUCUUCAAGUAGUUUGACAGAAAAACAAGUGUGUAAUGGGACAGUUGCACCAAAGCCUAAAAGAAUUGUCGUAUCUAUUACAGGCGCUACAGGGAUAGCUCUCGGGGUGCGUAUCUUACAGAUAUUAAAAGAAUUAAAUGUUGAAACACAUCUUAUCAUUUCCAAGUGGGGAAUGGCAACGAUGAAGUAUGAAACUGAUUUUACUUUGGAAGAUUUACGUUCCAUUGCAACGCACACUUAUCCGGCUAAAAAUGUAGCGGCAGCUGUUUCUUCUGGAUCAUUCCUUCAUGAUGGUAUGAUAGUUGUUCCGUGCUCGAUGAAAACUUUAGCGGCUAUCAGAUGUGGAUAUACGGAAGAUUUGAUUGUAAGGGCAGCGGAUGUGACUCUCAAAGAGAAACGAAAACUUCUCGUUGUUCCUAGGGAGACUCCAUUGUCUGAAAUCCAUUUAGAAAAUAUGCUUUCUCUAGCGAGAAUGGGAGUUAUUAUCUUUCCACCUGUUCCUGCUUUUUAUACAAAACCUACUUCCCUGGAUGACAUUAUAGAACAAUCCUGCGGAAGAAUUUUGGACUGCUUUGGAAUUCAUACGAAUAAUUUUUCCCGAUGGGAUGGAUUUUAA